AUUUCAUGGACUUUGGUUGCUUAAUAUUCAAAUGAAAUUGGAACUACGUUUGUAUGAAGCGAGUGACGGAGAGACUCCUCUUAACAUAACGACAUAAUAUUAUGUUUCAACGGACUGUCGCGAAUGGGGAAUCCAAAAUAAUUUUCAGAGAGUAACAAAUUCAGAAUCCUUACAAAUCUAUAUUCAUAUCCUUAAGAUGUACAUUAAAAAUAUGCACCGUUUUACGUAAAAUAGUUUCGAAUUCAUGAAUUUUUGAGUCAUAAGAUCACCGAUCUGUUUUUGGUAUACAGUUAUGUGUUUAUUAACUCGUGUAAUAUCGUGAACAAUUAUCAACUACCUACAUAAUAUGAUACAAAAUCCCGGAUAAGUUUUCUAUAACCAUUUUUAUACGGAGAACUUCUUUAUAUUUCACUAAUGACCUAACUACGUAACUAUUUACAACACUUAUCAAGGCUAAAGUGAUUCCAAAUUUUGAGUAAUAUAUUGAUAAAAAUAUGUAGAUUUUCAUUUUUUUAUUGAAUCGGUAUAAGUUGAAAAGAAAAUAAUAAUAACGCACACCACAAACGAAUGUAAUAGCACCAUAGAUUUAAUCAUUUAUGCUAUUUUCGCAAUUUGUGUAACUAAUAAUCUUACGUUUGGUGAACGUGCACUUCCAACUUUAUAUUUUAACGAUUGCACUUACAACAACUUACUCACUAAAUGAACUUUGGCUGUCAUUCAAAGAAAUAUGCGAAAAAUGAAAUCAGUUCGCCACUGUUCACAUAUCUGGAUAAAUAAACCAAUCUCAUCAGUUAAUUUUUCUGGCUAGUGGCUCACCUUCCUCGCAUAUUUACGAUGAACAGCCAUAAUGUGGUUAGCUUGUCGACUGAAGACUUGAGAAAUAAUUGGCAAAAAGUAUUUAACGAUAUUGGCGUCAAUUCUGACGUUUUUCUCUAGCUAAAUUUAGAGUAUCUGCAUCUCUUUCUUUCUAAUAUUGCUAAAAAAGGACGGAAAAUGAAUUUAAAAUUAAGGAGGUUUGACAGUGCUAAAUUAAAUAUAUUUGUCUGACAUUUUCUUACCAAAUGGCAUAGUACAAACAGAAAUGGCAAGAAAAAGAUGCGAAUACUCAAAAUUUAGUUGCGGUCAGAAUACGAACCUUUGAAAAUACAAUAGUAAUCCACCAACAUCACAUUAACCCAAAAUAUUGUUACAAAUGCCCACAACUCUAGAAGCUUCAAGCCCAUGCGUGUUUGGGUUCUUUUGAGACAAACAUCUCUCAUUGUUUUCAUCGUUUCGUAAUUUCGAGUAAGUUCAUUUGUUUACACUACGUUAGCGUAGGUACCUUUUUUUGUUGCCUUCUUGGAAGCUUCGGGGUUGUUUACCUUCCAUCGAAUGGGACAGAAUGUCCCCGCGCGCGGAUGGAGGGCGAGCCCAGCACCUGCGGGGCAUCGCGCCAUACAAUCGGCGAACGCCGGACAAAAUAGGUCUGUGUAGAAAAAGCUAGGCUCAAUCUGAACAAUUAACUGGCAACCCUUUUUAUACACUAGUGGCGCCUCUAUCGCAAUGAUUUGUCCUCUCUCAAAAUGUCUGCCGUUGAACUCGAUCAUUUAUUGUAACUUAUUGCCUUUAAUUAUAUAAAGACUGUUUAUAGAGUAUCCGGGACUUCUUAUUUGCUUUCCACAGGUUAUGGGCGUUCAUAUAGCUAUAAAGUUUUCAGUCUAUUCGCGUUAUUUACCGAAAAGUAUCAACAAUAAAAAACUGCGUGCGUGGUAAUUUCAUAGGUUCAUGCAAGUAUGGCAAACUCCGGCAUGAACAACUUACAAUUAGAAAAAUUGUCUGGAAGAGAAAAUUACAACACGUGGAAGUUCGCAGUAAAGACAUACUUGGAGCAUGAAGAUCUUUGGCAAUGUGUGGAUCCCGAAACAAAGGAAGUCGACCCCAAGAAAGACAUUAAAGCUAAGUCCAAAAUCAUUUUGUUGGUCGAACCGACGAACUAUGUACACAUAGAAAAUGCAAAAACAGCUCGCGAAGUGUGGAAAAACCUUCAAAAUGUAUUCGAGGACUCCGGGCUGUCAAGAAAAGUAGGAUUGUUAAAAGACCUUAUAAAUACUUCCUUGGAUAGUUGUGCUAGCGCUGAAGAAUACGUCAAUAAAAUAAUGACUAUAGCCCACAAAUUACGAAAUAUUUCGUUCAAAGUUGACGACGAAUGGCUAGGUACACUCAUACUAGCCGGCUUACCAGAAAACUAUAAGCCAGUGAUCAUGGGCAUAGAGAGCUCCGGCGUUAAAAUAUCGUCGGAUUUUAUUAAGACAAGACUCUUACAAGAAGUGAAAGUUUCCGAGUCUUCUGUAUUUUUCACUAAGAAUAAACAAAACGCACAUAAUAAUAUAAUAAUAGUCUAAAAACAAAAAGCCAAAAGGAAAAGGGUCCCGCUGCUACAACUGCAAUGGCUACAACCAUUAUAAGAGUCAGUGUAAGGUCAAGAAACAGAAUACUAAUGACACCGUUUUUUUAGCUAUUUUUUCAGCCUAUACUUCCAUAGAUGAAAACAACUGGUAUAUUGACUCCGGUGCAACGAUGCACAUGUCAAGGCACAAGGACUGGAUGUAUGAUUUGCAACCACCUUCAUUUCAGAAGAUAUAAUGGGGUAAUGUAAAUAUUCAAACAAGUCUAUGCAAUGAUGAGCAUCUAAUCCAGGUGAGGAAUGUUUUAUUUAUUCCUGAACUUGCCGCUAACUUGUUAUCUGUUAGCCAGCUGACCAAAAACGGCUGUAAGUAGAAUUCACUGACAAUGGCUGUAAC